AAUUCAGACCAACCCAGUCCCAGAGAGAUUAGGAAGCAGAGUGAGUGAGAGAGGGACAAAGACAAAGACAAAAGACAAAGAUUAGGAAGACAACACAUGACCAGAACACAAGAAGACAGUCAAGAAAGGUUCUCAUUUAACUUGUAGUGAUCAACGGCUGAGAGAAAGAGAGAGACAGAGAGAAAGAGAGAGAGAGAGAAAUGGGGGUAACAGCAGUUGUGGGUAUGUGCCUGUUGCUGACUACAACUCUGGGGCAGAGUGUGGCUCGAAAGACUGGUGGUGGUGGUAUAGAGACUGGUGGUAGUACAGAGAACGGUGGUAGUAUAGAGACUGGUGGUAGUAUAGAGACUGGUGGUAGUAGUAUAGAGACUGGUGGUAGUAUAGAGACUGGUGGUAGUAUAGAGACUGGUGGUGGUAGUAUAGAGACUGUUGGUAGUAGUAUAGAGACUGGUGGUAGUAUAGAGACUGGUGGUAGUAUAGAGACUGGUGGUGGUAGUAUAGAGACUGUUGGUAGUAGUAUAGAGACUGUUGGUAGUAUAGAGACUGGUGGUGGUAGUAUAGAGACUGGUGGUGGUAGUAUAGAGACUGGUGGUGGUAGUAUAGAGACUGGUGGUGGUAGUAUAGAGACUGGUGGUGGUAGUAUAGAGACUGGUGGUAGUAUAGAGACUGGUGGUGGUAGUAUAGAGACUGGUGGUGGUAGUAUAGAGACUGGUGGUGGUAGUAGAGAGACUGGUGGUAGUACAGAGAACGGUUCACCCGGUAGAGCAGACCAUCUAACUGAUGAUACUAGUAGCCCUGAGAUUGUAAUUGGUCAAACUGUCGGUGGUCCAACUGGUUACGUGGGCCGUCUGCUGGUAGUCCCGAUGGACGGAAGCCACUGGGUGGGGGUUAAGGCCAUCACCGAGGAGAUGGGUCGUCGUGGACACCAGGUUACCGUGGUGAUCCCCGAGGUGAGCAUGCGUCUGGGCCCCAGCAGCAACUGCAGGACUGUGUCAUAUCCUGUCCCCUACGGCCAGGAGACAGUGGACAUGCUGAUGGACAAGCAUAAAGAUAACCUGCGUGCUGCCACACUGCCCCUAGUGGAGCGGAUGACUCAACACAUGGCUAAUAUCCAGAGUGUCAGCUCCUUCAUACUGACUACUGCUGAGAGUCUGCUGUUCAACACCACACUAAUCACAUCUCUGGAACAGCAGGGUUUUGAUGCGGUGUUGACCGACCCGCUGGUCCCUACAGGCAGUCUGAUAGCCAGGCGUCUGGGCGUUCCGUCUGUGUGUCUGCUCAGAGGGAUCCCCUGUGGUCUGGACCUGACGUCCGCCGCCUGCCCCUCUCCUCCAUCUUACGUUCCGCGCUUCUUCACCAAAUACACACAUAGUAUGAGCUUUCCACAGAGGGUGGGCAAUGUACUGGUGAGUCUGGUGGAGCCGUUGCUAUGCCGACUGCUUUACUGGCGCUUCGACCAGCUGGCCAAUCGCUUCCUGGGAGAGGAUGUGGGUGUGGCCGAGAUACUGGCAGACACCGCCAUCUGGUUGCUAAGGUAUGACUUUACGCUGGAGUUUCCUCGCCCCCUCAUGCCUAAUAUGGUGCUGGUGGGAGGGAUCAACUGCCAUGUCAGGAACCCUCUGCCACGGGAGCUGGAGCAGUGGGUAUCAGGGGACGAUGGCUUCAUCGUGUUCUCUCUGGGCUCCAUGGUGGCGUCUCUCCCAGAAGACAUCACUCUCGUCUUCCUACAGGCCUUCACCCUCAUACCACAGAAGGUCCUGUGGCGGUACUCUGGGCCGGUUCCUGGCAACGUUCCAGACAACGUGAAGAUGAUGAAGUGGAUCCCUCAGAAUGACCUGCUGGCUCAUCAUGGUGCACGGGCCUUCCUGACCCACAGUGGGACACAUGGUCUGUACGAGGGGGUGUGUCACGCCGUUCCCAUGGUGAUGCUGCCGCUGUUUGGCGACCAACCUGACAACGCUCAGCGAUUGGCCAGUAAGGGAGUGGGCGUGGUCCUGGAUAUUAAUCAUAUCACCGUAGAAACACUACUACAGGCGCUGGACGAGGUUGUCAACAACCCCAGGUAUAAGUCCAGUGUACUGAAGCUCUCAGCCAUUCACAAGGACCAACCAGUGGACCCCCUGGAGCUCUCUGUCUAUUGGACAGAGUUUGUGAUGCGUCACAAAGGGGCGGGCCACCUGAGAGCCGCCGCCCAAGACCUCAACUGGUUCCAGUACCACAGCUUGGAUGUGAUUGGCCUGUUGAUCGCCGUGGCGACGUCCGUUGUCGUGGUGACGUUAAAGUGCUUGUCGCUGUGCGUGCGGAGAUUCACAUCCAGGAAGAAGAAGGAGGACUGACCAGUAGGGGCGGAGCCUGACCAGUAGGGGCGGAGCCUGACCAGUAGGGGCGGAGCCCAGAGGCAACAACAGAUAUCCACAUUUAUUUUAAAUGUCCUAAAAUGUUUGUGUAUUAAAAUGUUGUGUAUACCAGCUCUUCCUAAUUAACACCUGAAGGACGCUCAGCCAUCCCCUUUGUUCUGUUCCACCACCAGCACACCUGGGUCUCCUUCAGUAGAGAGUCAACUGAGUUAAACAGCAACAGAUUCUCUCCGUCUGAGGAGAAGGGAACCAACCAAGCGGGAAUCAGAAGCAAACAGAAAACAAAUGGAAUCAAACGGGUACUGGGGAGGAAGCUACCAAAAUGGACGGCUAUGAAAAGCCAACUGAAAAUUAUUCAUGAUUAUUAUUUGACCAUGCUUGUCACUUAUGAACAUUUUGAACAUCUUGUCAUAGUUCUGUUAUAAUCUCCACCCGGCACAGCCAGAAGAGGACUGGCCACCCCUCAUAGCCUGGUUCCUCUCUAGGUUUAUUCCUAGGUUUUGGCCUUUCUAGGGAGUUUUUCCUAGCCACCGUGCUUCUACACCUGCAUUGCUUGCUGUUUGGGGUUUUAGGCUGGGUUUCUGUACAGCACUUCGAGAUAUUAGCUGAUGUACGAAGGGCUAUAUAAACUUGAUUGAUUGAUUGAUUGACUGUACACUAAUGAAUACACCACAGAUGUCUUCAGGAAAUAAAGAUGGUGGUUUUUUCUG